GAGCUCUGGCUGUCGAGCGGACGGCGAGCUCUGCACACACGGACGCGGCGUGCGCCGUGCUGACCGGUCAAGUUACGUCCUCCUGUUACACCAGCCGAGCGACAUGGAGUAAGCCGGGGGAGGAAAACGAGGAGACCACAAACCAAAACACCAGGCAGACCUACGGACGGUGCAGAUUGUGAGACUUCCUCUCUCGUAAGAGGCGUAUCUUCCUCUCUCGUAAGAAGCGUAUCUUCCUGUUUCGCAAGAAGCCAGGCGCCUACCGAUUACCAGCCAAAAGACCGGCACCGGAAGUGCCCACUUCCGGCGGAGCUAUGACCGCCGUGACGUCACCGCGGUCGCCGGACUCGCCGCGUGAGAGCUUCAGCAUGCUGGGAGAUACCCAGCGGAUUCCGUGCGACAAGGCGAUAGAGCAGACCCGGCGAACUGACCACGCCGACUUCCGCAACCGAAGCUCUCGCUGGCUCACCAGCGGCGACAGCCACGACAGCGGCGCCAGCGACAGCCAUGAUGCGUCUCACAACGGACACCACCGCAACGUGGGAUCGUCUCCACAGGGAAGUCCUCGGGGGCCGAGGCGUAGCAGCUCGUAUUAUCAGGCAAACGCCGACCCCAUCGAAGACUCCGGGCUGCCGUACAGAGGAAACCCGAAGAAGAUCGGAGAGAUCCUGGGGCGCACCAGCGAGUACCUGGACCAGUCGGAGCAGGACGCCUACUUCGGGGACGGCCGCGGCUUCGACUACUCCACCAUCGAGUACAAGAGCCGGAUAGCCGACCCGGCCAAGCCGCCCAACAGAGGCUGCAACUUCCACUACAUCCGCUGGAAGGUGCGCCGCACGGUGGAGCAUCUGGCGUGUCGCCUGUUCGUGCUGGUGCUCAUCCUCGUCGACAUAUCGAUAGUGAUCGUCGACUUGACCAACGAGUUCACGAGCAAGCUGGACGCGAAGCUGGCGAUCGUGAGCUUUGCGUUCUCGUGCUUUUUUCUUCUGGAGGUUUCUCUCAGGAUCUUCGGUGUGGGUCCGAAGUACUUUUUCAACUUCACAAGACACCAUGCGUGGUGGAACAUCGUGGACUUCGCGGUGGUUGUCGUCACGUUCAUCACAUCCGUCUUGGAUCUGACCGUGGAGAACAUGGCCACCGACGGCUCCAAGUUGGUGGUGUCGCUUCGCAUCAUCCGCGUGAUUCGUCUGUUCCGGAUCUGCGCGCAGCAGGAUCACCUGAAGACCGCCGCCCGGCAGAUCAUCUCGGAAAACAAGCGGAGGUAUCAGCAGGACGGAUUUGACCUUGACCUUUGCUAUGUGACAGAGCGCGUAAUCGCUAUGAGCUUUCCGUCCUCCGGAAAAAUGUCCGUCUACAGGAAUCCGAUUGCGAUUCUUCAACACCCAGCACAAGGACAAGUACUGAUCUACAAUUUGUGUUCGGAAAGAUCGUACGACGUCACCUACUUCCAAGGGCACGUUCAGCGCGUUGUCAUCGACGACCACAACGUCCCAACGCUUCAGCAGAUGCUGGACUUCACAAGUUCGGUGAUCAGCUGGCUGAACGCCGACGCCGAGCACGUGGUGGCCGUGCACUGCAAGGGCGGCAAGGGGCGCACUGGCACCAUGAUCUGCGUCUACAUGGUGGAGACGGGUCUGUUCUCCACGGCAGGCGAGAGCCUCGACUACUUCGGCAGCCGCAGGACCGACCUCAACGUCGGGGAGAAGUUCCAGGGCGUGGAGACGCCCAGCCAGAGUCGCUACGUGGGCUACUACGAGUGGAUGAAAAACAACCGCCAUCACCUGCCGCCGGAGACGCCGCGCGUCUGCUGACGCGCAUCGUCAUCAGCGGUAUGCACACGGUCGGCAGGGGGCGA